GCAAAACUUCAGACUUUCAAGAUAAUGAGGAAGGAGGAGAACGUAGUGCAGAAGGCGAGAUGAUCUGGGACGAGAGAACCCAAGGAUUUGUGUUGGCAAGCUUCUUUUACGGGUAUGCCACUACUCAGAUUCUGGGGGGUCGCCUGGCGGAGCUCUAUGGGACACGAUGGGUGUUUGGAACCUGCAUCCUGGCGGGAGGUAUUUGCACCAUCCUUUCCCCCAUCGCGGCUCGUACUCAUUACAGCAUCUUGAUUGCUCUCAGAAUUACUCAGGGAAUAUUUCAGGUGAUCUAGACUCGGGCGUGGAUGCCAUGU